AUGGGAAAAAUUGUUGGGAUUGGAAGUGUUUCUGAGUCUAAUCAGAUUUCUCAGGAUCAGUUUAUGGAGUUCCUCAUGGAACAAGUCAUUGAGGGAAAGGAUAGUGAUGUCACAUUUGAUAACUUUCCUUUUUACUUAAGUGAAAGGAUCAAAAUUUUGUUGACAAGUGCUGGAUAUUUUCAUUUAAGACAACAUGACCUAUCCAACCACACUACCAACCUUUCGCCACUGAGCCGAGCUAUUUUGCUUUCUGAACCUAUCGAGCUUUAUCAUUAUAUGCUUGCCAAAGCUUUAGCCAAUUGCUUUGAAUCCAAGUUACUCUAUCUAGAUAUUGAUUACUUCUCUCUGAAGAUGCAGGACAAAGAUGGAUGUUCUACAAAAGAACCACAUUUAAAAAGGUCCAUAUUUGAGGCGACUUGGGAGAGUGUGUCUGGUUUAUUUAGUCACCUGCUGAUCCUCCCUUCAACAGGUGUAAUUAGAGCUACUAAAGCUCCUUCGAAGUGCAAAAGCCAGGACUGUUUUAAUGAAAAGCUUUUUCUAUAUUCACUCUACAAGGUCUUGGUUUCUUUAUUAGAAACUGGUUCUGUCAUUUUAUACAUCAAGAAUGUUGAGAAGAUCUUUCUUCGAUCACCAAGGAUAUACAUUUUGUUCAAAAAGCUAUUCGAUAAACUUUCAGGACCAGUGUUGAUACUCGGUUCUAGGUCAGAUGAUUUAAAAGAUAGCUAUACAGAAAUCAAUGAAAAACUCACUAUGUUAUUCCCUUACAAUAUUGAGAUUAAACCGCCUCAGGAUAAGGCUCAUCUCAAAAUCUGGACAGAGCAACUAAAAAAGGCCAUGGAAAAGACUUCUUUGGAAGAUAAAGCCACCCACAUUGCUGAAGUGUUUGCAAAAAAUGGCAUCGAUUAUAAUAUCUUGCAUUCAGUUAGCGGUACUGACAUGAUGCUACUUAGUAAACACACCGAAGAGAUUGUGGCAUCUACAAUUUUUUAUCACUUGAAGAAUACUGAAAAUCCAGAGUACCGAAAUGGAAUCCUAACUAUAUCGGCCACGAGUUUGUGCCAUGUAUUGAGCCUUUUUAAGGAGGGUGAAAGUGGUGAAAAGGAUGAAAACAACACUGAAAAAGAGUCAAAAAAGGAUGAUGCUGGAAAAGAUAAACCUGUAUCAAACGGGGCACAGAAAGACAAGGAUAUUAAACCUAUUUCAAACGGGACAAAGAAAGACAGUGAUACUAAAGCUGUUUCAAACGGGACAAAGAAAGACAGUGAUAUUGAAGCUACUACAAAACCUAAUGAUCCUCCUGACAACUCCUAUGAGAAGUUAAUAAGACAAGAGCUUAUCUCUGCAAAUGAGAUAAAGGUGAGUUUUUCAGAUAUUGGUGCAUUGGAUGAUGUUAAAGAAUCACUUCAAGAAGCAGUUAUGCUUCCCCUUAGAAGACCAGAUCUAUUCAAAGGCGGUGGGUUAUUGAAGCCAUGUAAAGGUGUAUUGCUCUUUGGACCUCCCGGUACAGGAAAAACAAUGCUUGCAAAGGCAAUUGCAAAUGAAGCUGGAGCAAGUUUCAUCAAUAUCUCUUCGUCUACCAUCACUGGUAUGUGGUUUGGACAAAGUGAAAAGAAUGUUCGGGCUCUGUUUUCGUUAGCGGCAAAGGUUGCCCCGACUAUUAUUUUCGUUGAUGAAGUUGAUAGCUUGCUUGGGAGGCGGACUAUGAAUGAGCAAGACGUUGUGAGAAGUAUUAAAAAUGAAUUCAUGACCCAUUGGGAUGGACUUUUGUCAAAACCUGAUGAGAAAAUUAUUGUUCUUGCUGCAACCAACAUGCCAUUUGCCCUUGAUGAAGCAGUUAUAAGACGGUUUCAGCGCAGGAUCAUGGUUGGUCUUCCAUCUGCUGAAAACAGAGAAGUGAUCUUGAAAACUCUUCUAGCUAAGGAUAAACUUGAAGAUAUAGACUUCAAAGAGCUUUCAACUAAGACAAAAGGAUAUAGUGGGAGUGAUCUUAAGAACUUGUGCAUGACUGCAGCAUAUCGUCCUCUUAAGGAGCUAAUGCAACAGGAGAAGGCCAAAGAAAUGAAAAAGAAGAAAAAAGAGGCAGAAGCUGAAAUCUCAAAAGUUGCCUCCAAUGCUACGGAAGAAGAUCCAGUGAUUGCCCUUAGGCCUUUAAAUAUGGAAGACAUGAGAGAUGCAAAGAAUAAGGUGACUCCAAGCUUUGCUGAAGAAGGAUCAAAUAUGAAAAUGCUAGAGCAGUGGAAUGAUUUGUAUGGAGCAGGAGGAGGUUCAAGGAAGAAGAAAAAAGAGCAGCUUACUUAUUUCUUAUAG